AUGUCUUGUACUCAACAAACAUUUACGUGGAAAGUCAGAGAUGAUCUGGACAUUGGAUUAUAUUCUCUAAAGAUAGCUUACAAUUCUUCAUCCGAGCCUCCAGAGCGUACAAAGAAGGUUGGAGAAAUGAGAAUUAGUUCUGCAACCAUUAAAGAAUGCAAUUUUGUGGACGGAAUCUGCAGCUGGAUGAAAGUGAAAACCAACAUUAGGAAUUGCUGGAAAAGACACGAGACAGAUGAUAUUGGUUAUAUUGUGAUAGAUGGUAAAUGCUCUGCGAUGCUUGAGACGGAUCUUUUACCCUGGCAUCCUGUCUUUAAGAAAACUGGUUUGUGUUUAAGAUUGUCAUAUCUGAUGAAUUCGACGUCCAAGAGUUGGUUGUCUGUGUCAAAAGUCACUGUAAAUGGUGAAGCGGAGAUACUUUGGAACGCAACUGGAUAUCACGGAGCAGAAUGGAAACAAGGGUCAGUUCCACUCCAUAAUGAAACAAGGCAAAAGAUACAACUUUAUGGCAAAGGUGAUGUCAACGGAAAUGCAAGCAUUGCUGUCGCAUCUAUAAACAUUAUAACGGAGAAAUGUAGUACCUUGCCAUAUUAUGCAACUCCAGGACUAAAAUGCAAAGACGAUCAAUUUCAAUGCGACAAUAAAGAGUGCAAAGAAAAAGAAGUGAGGUGUAAUGGUGACUAUAAGGAUUGCGUUGAUAAGUCUGAUGAAAAAGAUUGCGUCUGCCCCUCAAAUCAGUUCUUGUGCUCAAGCAAAGAAUGUAUAAUUCGUGAGCGACUAUGUGAUGGCCCGCCAAAAGACUGUAAAGAUGGCUUCGAUGAAAUCCAUUGUUUCCCAGAAUGUAAAGACAAGUAUCAGUGUGUUGGAGGAACUUGUAUAGAUUGGUUAGAUACUUGUAAUAAUGAAACUUUUCAUUGUCCUGAUAGCUCACACAAUCCAUCAAUCUGUGAUAACACUAACUGUACUUUAAGAGACAUUGGAUGUGAAUCUCUCAACAAUAAUAAUGAUUCAGCUAGCAAGAAAAGUCAAUGCAGAACUUUUUCUAUGUGCUCAUUUGAAAGCGGACUUUGUGGCCUGAAGAAUGACCAAAAUGUCAAGUUGAGGUGGAUAAGAAAAGAAGGAAAAACUAAAUCUCAAAAUACUGGACCGUCAUUUGACCACACAUCUCGGAAAGGCAAAUAUGUUUAUAUCGAGUCAUCAGGAGGAAACACCGGAGAUAAAGCAAGACUUGCAAGCGACUGGUUAAGAGCUGAGGAACCCCUGUGUUUACAAUUUUGGUAUCAUAUGUUUGGUAAAGAUAUCGUCUCAUUAAGGAUAUUAAUGAAAACCAACCUAUCAGAAACUUCUGUUUGGCUCAACAAUGGCAGUCAAAACGACGAAUGGAAAUUUGGUCAGACGCCUUUAAAUCCCGACGGAUUAAAUAUGUACAAGAUCAUCUUUGAAGGAGAAAUUGACGGUGACGAAGGUGACAUUGCUAUAGACGAUAUUAGGCUAGAAGAUGGUUUAUGUCUAAAACACAUUGAAUAUAGCAGAUUUCCUCCAUAUUGUUGCAUAGAUUUUGAAUGGAAUAAACACUCAUCAUCCAACUGUAAGUAAUAUAAAAAUAACACCU